GGCAAAGGAAAGUGGAAGAAAAUUGGGAAUCCUAAUAGUGAUCCACACCCACCACGAAAUGAGGUCUUCGUCCAUUCUUUCUUCUCUCUUUCUCUGUCCGUCACAUUCAAACUUCAACUACUCAAGUAAGUGAGGGUGAAGCAGAAGCAGAAGCAGUUGUUGAAGGAAGCAGAAGCAGAAGCAGAAGCAGAAGCAGCAGAAUCGGAAAUGUGCUCUUCGGAGGGUGAUUGCAGGCCUUUGGGCUUUCUACUGGGCCUUCCGUUCGCUUUCCUCUCCCUCCUUCUCUCCAUUGUCGGCAUCGUCAUCUGGAUCGUGGGAUUGUUGCUGACGUGCAUCUGCCCGUGCUGUUUGUGCGUGACGGUGAUCGUGGAGUUGGCUCUGCAGUUGAUCAAAGCCCCAAUUCAUGUCAUGGAGUGGUUCACUUCUCAAAUCCCCUGUUAAUCUCUCUCUGUUUGCUUGAUAGUUGAUACAAUUACUCUUUUUUUUUUUUAUUAUUUUUAAUUUUAAUUAUAGUAAAUUCAUCA